UUUUCAUUGAUGAAUCAUUUUUAUUUAAUAUCACCAGACAACAGCCCCCGGGGGCCCCCAUCAUCUCCAUCUCUCUGACCUCCUCCUCCUCAAUUUCCACUCACUUCAGUCCGACUGCUACUACAUUUCCCCAUUUCACUUUCCAUCUUACUCCUGCGUCCUCCUCAACUACUGCUGCUGUUACUAGUACUACCAUUCAUGUUGCCCAUAUUUCUUUGACAUGUAUAUGUGCAAAAUUCUGCUGCUGCUGCUGCUGCUUUGUUAAGUUGAAGUUUUCAACGAAUUAGAUCAGUAAAUGUUUGGUUAGGCCCCCCGGGGGGUGAAUGGAUCCGCCAAUCGUCAGCCACUCGUCUUUUUCACCUGCCCAUGCUUCCUCCUCCUACACUCUCACUGACCUUUGGCCUUUCCCCAUCGGACCACCUGCCGUUUUGGGUCUCCCAAUGCCCCCCGCCUUGCCACCACCACAUGCCACUCCUCCUCCUGUUGCUGCGCUUUCCCUUGAGGAAUCCACCGUCACCGACCUAAGUGCUUGCCGCACCAAUGCCACCAACAAGCGCAAACAUGUCCUUUCUCAACAUCACCUUCUUGCUUCCGCUUCUUGUGCCGUUCAUUCCAAUAAUGCAAAUGUAAAGCGGAUGAAGGCAUCAGAAGGAGGAAUCGGAGAACAAAUUGAUGAAUCCAAAGCAGAACCGCAGACCAGCUCAUACACUACUAACAAGCCUGCUGAUCAUGACGAUACUAACCCUCAGCCACCUAAAGACUAUAUCCAUGUCAGAGCCAGAAGGGGUCAAGCUACUGAUAGCCACAGUCUUGCCGAGAGAGCUAGGAGAGAAAAGAUCAGUGAGCGGAUGAAAAUUCUUCAAGAUUUGGUUCCUGGCUGUAACAAGGUAAUUGGGAAAGCUCUAGUAAUUGAUGAAAUUAUUAACUACAUCCAGUCACUUCAGCGACAAGUUGAGUUUUUAUCCAUGAAGCUCGAAGCAGUUAAUUCAAGGAUGAACUCAGCCAUAGAAGGAUUUCCUUCCAAGGAACUUGCAGCUCCACAAUUUGAUGCUGCUGCAAUGAUCUUCGGCCAACAAGCACCAAGGGAAUAUGCUCCGGAUGAAUGGCUUCAUAUGCAGGUCGGUAGCAGCUUUGAAAGAGCAACGUGACAAAUACAGCUGCUCUUCAGUGAAUAGGAAAGUUGAGCAGGCAUUUUAUUCCUCCAGCUCAUUGUCUUUGAUCAAAUCAAGGAGACUUUCAGUUAUUUAAUUUUACACCUAAUGUAACCCUUUCGCAGAUUGAAGGACAUUCUUGAACUUGCUGUGAGUAUGCCCAUAUGUCCAAUUAGAAAACUGGAUCUCUGUCUGAUCCGACUAGUUCCUGUAUUGACGUCUAGGACAAAAUUGUAGCAAUAGUACGUGGUGUAAUUUAUGUGUUAUCCUCUGAAGAUGCAA